UGAAACGACGUUGUUUUAGUGUUGUCUUAACCUAAGUGGCUGAUGUGUCAAAAAAAAAAAAAAAUCUUAACAAUCCAAUAGCAUUUUGACAACACAGCAGUACUUUAUCACCUUAAUUAUUUUACCCCCAAACACGGCCUUACACAUAAGGCUCUCUCUCCUACGCCCUAGUUUUUCCAGUCAAACAUAUUGCAGACAUAUCGCAACCUUCAAUACCAGCAACUGUUCUUCAAUGAAGUUCUCGAUUUGGGCCUUCAAAGAUGCUCAUGGUUUAUUUAACUGGGUUUGUAUGAUGCUGAUGCUAAGUUACUGGUUUGCUCACUGGGAUUGUAUCGUGAGGCUUAGAGCUUCUCGUCGGCGGUCAUGGAGUUUGAGAUCGAUCUCUCACCGGUUUGCUCCUUGUUGAUGCUUAGAGUUUCUCGUUGGCGCUGGCGAUCAUGGAGUUUGAGGUUGGGCUCUCACUGGUAACCACUGUCAUCUCCACAAUCCCGACCCACAACCACCACUAGCCUGACCCACAACCACCACCAACACAGUAUUCCUAAAAAUGAACCACCACCAACAUUAGAAGUUGGAAUCCUAUCCCUACCAAAUCAUCAGCCAAUCAACAAUCACAAACGAACCCCAACCUUCCUUUUAUUUAUUUAUUUAGUUUUUUGGACAAGCCUUCCUUUUAUUCACACCACACAUAGUGCAGAAAAGGAAGCCAUUGAAGUCGGAGGAGGAGAUGGGUCUAGUGAUGGUGGUGUUGUGACGGCAACUACGGAGGUUAGAGCUCGGGGGAGGAGAUAGAACUGGCGCAGUGGUUUGGGACCGUAGUAAAUCAGCUUUAAAAUCGGCGACCAAGCAAAUCUGUGAGACCACGGCAAAUCACAAAUCCACAGUCCGAUAGUCACCAAGGACGACGGCUAGCUCGGAACCCUAUAGUGACACUAUGACAGAUAAUCGAGCCGGCUGUUACAAGAAAGAAAUUUCAAGAACGAGAUGGAGACGCGCGCUGGUGGCUAGUUCGCAGCGAUGAUGGUAGCGACUUCGGUAGCUACAACAGGUUCACAUCGGUGAUGAGGUCGCGACGACGAUAUUGAGAGAGAGAUGGUGGGCUGAGGAUGCGGCAGUGGUGAAAUUGAGAGAGAAGGUGGGUGAACUGACGGCAUUGCGGAGAGAGAGAUGAGGGGGAAACAAAAGUGGUUAGGGUUUUUUUUUUUUUUUUUUUUUUUUUUUUUCCAGAAAACCGAACACCUCUAGCACCAGCGGCGAUGAGGGCGCCGACCUCCUCUAGCACCAGCGGCGAUAAGGACGCCGAACACCUCUAGCACCAGCAGCGAUGAGGGCACCGACCUCCUCUAGCACCAGCGGCAAUAAAGACCGUGACCACCUCUUUCUCAAAUCCAUCCCUCACCGCACAGACGCCUGUGAUUUUUUUAGGGCUUUAAUUUGGGAUUUUUUUAUUUUUAUUUUAUACAUUUAGUAGUAUAAGGGUAAUUUUGUCAUUUUCAAACUAUAUUGCCGGCAUGUAUUCAUCACGCGCCUAAUUGCCGAAGAAAUCAAACGGAAUUUUGCCCAUGUGUAAUUUUUGCAAAAAAAUUGAUAGUUGAGGGAAUUAAUUGUACAAAAAAUAGUUCAGGGGGUUUUUAGGGAGAGAGAGUAUAGUCCAGGAGGUUUUUUGCACUUUACCCUUUAUAAUAUGGGGUUAGAUUCCUCCGAGUCAAUUAACGAAGUCAAUAGAUUAUAAUUAAUAAAUGUUAAAGUCUACUUAAAAUUAAACUUUCUUAGUUUUCCAAUAAGGAGUUGUCUUACUAUUUACUCAAGUUUUCUUCUUUAAAUAUUUAAUAGAAUUUUGAAAUUAAUAGAGCCAUCUGCAAGAAUUAAGCUAGGAAAGAGAAAAAAAGAAGCUAGUCAUGAAUCGGGCGUUGAACUAACAGCUGAUGAUAAUGAUGAGUGGAUAAGAUCCAUUGUUGAAGAGAGACCCAAUGCAUCUACAUACAAGCUUGGGUCCUUUCCAGGAGGAUGAAUUAUGUCAUGUUUAGCUGUUGCGCUCCAAUAAAAUUUUAACACGUGUCCAAAAUUAGAAAAUCAUAGACCAAGCUUAUUCUUACAGGUUACCUUAUCGCAACCCUCUUAUACUACUAUAGAUGGAGUUAGAUUCCUCCCUCAAUUAUUGAAAUCAAUAGAAGUCAUCAUAGAAGUCAUCAUAGAAGUCAACAAGAAACAACAUUAUUGUUUGGGUUUGGCCUCGGUUACUGCCUUUCCAUUGUUGUACAGUGUCUCUACAUCAGUAUACUUGCAGCUUUACCUUUUAGCCCAAAAACAGAACAAAUAAAUGGAAACAAGUGAUGAGUUGGCAGGGACGUCCAGAAGACAAGCUGGUCAUGAAUUGGGUAGUGAAAUCACAGCUACUGAGGCUCGUAUAAUUGACAUUGUUAAUGAUGGAUCCGUUUCAUCUUUUCACAAGCAACUAAUAACUGAUAUUGUUAAAGAUGGAUGCACUGCAUCUUCACCCAAGCAACUACAGAAGGUUCCAAGAGAAUUACGGGAGAAGGAGAAGAAUAAGGGAUUUUUUGAUCCUAGAGUCAUUUCAAUCGGUCCCUAUCACCAUGGCAAUCCUAAGUUGAAAGAAGCCGAGAAGUUGAAGACCAGGGCUGUGUGUGGAUUCGUAGCUGGCAACAAGGUAGAACCCCAUGUAAUCUAUAAGAAGAUGCUAGAUGUGGUGAGCGAUGCUAGGAACUGCUACCUUGAGGGCUCAACAGGUGCCUAUGAUGACGAAAAAUUCGCUGGUAUGAUGCUCCUUGAUGCUUGUUUUAUCCUGCAUUUCAUAUUUGCCGUACUGAGUGACUAUAGGCCCUUUAUAAGCCAAGUGAUUAGAAAUGUAGGUAAGGUUGGUUACCGUGCCAUAAUGGAGGACAUCAGUUUGAUGGAAAACCAACUUCCUUUCCUAGUUCUCCAGGCCUUGAUUAGCACUACCAGUACUGACGUACAACACAAUUGGGUGGGAUUGAUUGAGGAUUUCAUUGCCGUAAUUUACAUAGGUGAUUACAACACAAUGGGGAGAGAACAAACUUAUAAGGAUGAGAUAAAACAACCCCUUCAUUUCCUAGACCUUAUAAGGAGAAGAUUUAUUGGCCAGUACUCUCAGUCAGACGAAGAAGAACGCAGCAGCAUGACAAAAGUACUACACCAAGUCCAACCCCGUCCACGUUUUCCCUGCUGGCCCAAAAGAGGGCAUAUGAAGAUCAAGCCAGUCAAGGAUUUAUUUGGUCACUCAUUUCGUUCAGCCACUGAACUUAAAGCAAGAGGGAUACAUUUCAGGCCUAGCACCACAUUUUUGUUUAACGACUUCACUUUCACUUCUUGGUUUGGCUACGGACGGUUGACACUUCCUCAACUCACAUUUUGGCCAGGAAUAAAAUAUUGGCUUCUAAACAUGAUAGCCUAUGAAUUAGCUCCUACUUCAGACACUAUGCUGCCCAAGGUAUGUAAUUACAUCUACUUCAUGAAUUCACUCAUCAAUGGAACUGAAGAUGUGAUCGAGUUGCGAUCACAUAACAUCAUUCAUAACUUUUACGGCACUGAUGAAGAAGUGGCAAAAGCAUUCAACUCCAUAGCCACAGACUGUGCAUAUCUUUUGGCAUGGGGACCUAUUAAAGGUGUCCGUGAUGGAAUACAAAAGCAUUAUGAUAGCAAGAUGAGGACUUGGAUAGCUCAACUAUUGCACACCUAUUUUAACACUCCCUGGUCUGCUCUGGCUUUCUUUGCCGCAACUUUCGCACUGGCUAUGACUGUCAUUAAAACAUUUUUUCCCUCGUUCCGAAACUGAAAGGUUCAAGGACCUUGGGAGCUAGUUGGAUUCAUCCAUCCACUGAUCUGCUUACUGUUGUGCUACUGUUGUUUCUUAAAAUAACAGGAUCCUCCAAGUUCAAGGGCAUCCAACAACUUAGAAAGCAAUAACUUGUGUUUUUUUUUUUUUUUUUUUUUUUUUUUUUUUUUUUUUUUUUCCUUUAACUAGUCUGCUUCUGGGGUGUUUAAUGUUCAUUCUGUAAGACCAAUGUCUUUAUUGAUGAUUCAAUAAAGAAGUGUGUGUUGCAAUA